AUGAGUGAACGCAAAGUCCUACAGAAAUACUACCCCCCGGAUUUCGAUCCUUCAGCUCUUACCCGCAGGCGGGGAAACAAAGAUGCGGGACCCAAGACACAAAAAGUUCGAAUAAUGGCUCCAUUCUCUCUACGCUGCACACGAUGCGGAACGUUCAUCUAUCGCGGCAGGAAGUUUAAUUCCAACAAGGAGAUACGGCCGGAUGAGAAGUACCUCAACAUCCAGCUUAUCAGACUGUCAUUUCGCUGUACGGGGUGCUCGGGGGAGAUCAUCCUACGUACAGACCCCAAGAACAAUGACUAUACUAUUUUGUCAGGGGCUGUACGAAAUAACGAGCCAUGGCGUAAUCGCGAGACCGAGAACGAAGAUGAUGAACAGCGACUGAACCGACUGGAACGCGAGGAAGCAGAAGCUGCGGGCGAGGAAGAAAAGAAUGCAAUGGAGGAACUCGAAGCCAAGAACAUGGACGCGCAGAGAGAAAUGGCCGCCGCUGAUGCGCUGGACGAAAUCCGACACCGAAACGCACGAAUCAAUCGUUCCGAGAAAGAAGGUGUUGACUUUGCGGACACUAUCGUACGGACAGAGGAUGAGGAAAGGGAGAAACAGGAGAGGGAAGACGACGAGGCUGCUAAGAAGGCUUUCGCUGCCGCACGAGCCCGUAUGGAAAUGGAGACUAUAGUUGAGGACGACACGCCUGUCGAGUUAGCUGAGCUGAAACCUGUAGCGCCAGCGCCAGCGCCUAGUUUCAAGAGGGUUAUCAAGAAGAAGAAGGACCAUUCAGCAGCUCUGGGUUUGAAGAAGAAAGUAUAA